AUGCCAUCGGCAAUACUGAGCGGACGGGAGCCCACGCGCCCCACAGCCUCUCGUUCAGUCUCGGACAGUGUCAUGCCUACAUUUCAGCCCAAGCCUAAACUACAGCGGAAGAAGUCGAACGCGUCACUCCUGUACCAAGGCCUUGGGCGUGGUUUGUCUCGUGUUGGCAGUGUAAUGCGCCGUGGUGGCAACAGCAACAACAAUAGUGCGCCCGCCGCAGAUCCACAACCCUCCUCGAGCAGCACGGCCACGAGCAGCGUCGCAUCGUCCCAUACCACGGGGACAAAAGGUCGCCGAGCACCAAAACGCAGCGGCAGCACGACUCUGCAAGACCUGUGCGAGGAGGCUGAGAGUGCUGCCGAGAGAGACAUGGGUGCCAGGGCACGAGCGGUUCCGAUCAAGAGGUCGACUCCUUUGUCGACAUACCUGCCACCACCACCACCGGAGAAGACGAACGGUGUCAGCCGCCCGUUCAACGUACAACACGCGUUGCACGUCACACCCGACCUUGACGGUCUACCUUCUGAAUGGCUUGAAUCGCUCAAAGCACAGGGCCGCUCAGCGUCGCCAACGUACAGUGCCUCGUCAUCCGAUUCCUCAAGCCGCCGCAGUCUCAGUGCCCCGCAGGAGCGUGUAGUGACGGUUAAGCGUUCGGACAGCCUCUUAGGCAAGCUUCUUGACGAAAUUGACUCCAAGAGCUCGAGGCCGCCGCACGCCACGGACAGUGAGGAUGAAGAAGAGUUGGAGCGGCGUCUUUCGGAAGACUUGCGUGGUUUCCACGACAUCAGGAUUCCAGGUGAGGAUGGGUGGGCGGCAAGCAUGCUCGCCGCUUGGGACAAGGACAACACGCUUGUGCACGAGGUCAGGGGCUUGGGACCGUCUAUCCUUGCUCGUCGCUUGACACAAGAUGGACCCCAUCGGCCACAGUCCGUUGGGCAGCCAUUAUCAAUCCCUUCAUCUUCCUCAACCGGCCGGUCACCGACUCCUGACGCCUCGGCCUACGUCGGCGGACUGAGUAAGCCGCGCUCCACGUCAUCGCUGGCGAUUCCAUCUGUGGAUGUGGACGACGUGGAUGACUCGAGCAGCAGCUACUAUGUCCGCCGGCGGUCGAAGAGUUUUGACCAGCACAUUGUCGACCGGAGCACGCUGUACUCGCCUCCUCCGCCGCCUCCUCAUCCCCAGCGCAACGCUCCCAACGCUGGCGACACGCCACCAACGUCGUUCCGCUCACCUCACGCCGGUAGACUCCGCGCGUCCUGCGACUCGUUCGGUGUGGCGCAUACGAUCAGUACGCGAAGCAGUUUCAUUGCUGCGUCGAACGUUAGCCAGCGCAGCCAGGAGAGUCGGUACCGACGCCACAGCGAUGAGUCGUUGGAAGGACGCGUGCAAACUGACGAUUCUCACACCACUCCGGAGCCGUCGCCAUCGCGCUCGUCAAGCGAGCUCAACCUCGGCACACCACCCACAUCCGACAUGUCGGCUGGUGGCAACGCAUCAGCCGCGCACUCAGACACGAAAGACCGCUCUCUUAUCCAUGAGCGCCUCAGCGUCGCGUCGGCGAUCGAGGCGGCCCGCUAUCGAACAGUGAGCAUGCCGAUCGGGUCUGUCGACCCGCCGUCCACUGUGCCCGUCGACCACGAGACACGCCACCUCUCGCUCCCAGGUGACCACCACGGCCUGAUCAGGGAACCGUCACCGGCACCCUCCAGUGUCGAGUCGCUCAACUCAACAAUGGCCCACCCCUGCUCGCCAACCGAGGAGGAUUUCUACGACCAGUAUCUCGGCGUUGGGUGGUGUUCGGCCUGCAGCGUCUCCCAGACCCAGGGCAUUGGCAACAUGCCAGCCGCGAGCGCGUCUGCCCUCGGCCUGAGCCUCAACACCCAGCUCGAGCACACGUGUACUCUGGGUUUAGGGCGGCAUGCCAGUGUUCGCUCACAAGCGUCGUCGUACGGUGCGGACCGGGCUUCUGUCCUCAGCGCCGGAGGGACGAGCCAGCUGAGUCGCAUGAGUUCGAUAGCGAGCAGCACGCACUCGUACAACCUCCACGAGGUGACAGUGCACCGCGCGUACACGCGCGUGCUGCGGCGCGUUCCUGAACGCAGCGAAACUCAGCACUCUUCCGAAGCGCCCAGCGAGGUUGGCGGCGGGGAGAGUGAGGCGGACAUGAGCGCGAGUGCCAACAGCGCCGACAACUGGUACAGCGCACGGCAGAGCAUGCAGAGUGGCUCGAGUGCGAUAUCCGCGCUCGAGGAGGCGGUCUGGCGCGUCGCCGCGCGUGAGGGGUGUGUCUGA